GUCAGUGAGCUGAGUGCACGUCAUUUGAACUUAUCUGGUCCAGGCUCGCCUCGCCUCUGGAUUUUUGACCCCCUGGGUAACCGGUGUCCGGAUCAUCCAGCAAGCAGAUUCACAUGAUGGUCAGCCAAAUUGCUCUGACCAUCCAGUUUGGUCUGGCCGCGGUCUUACUGGCGUUCUGGCGCGCAUUCACGCCAAACACCUGGCCCAAUCGAUUCAUCUCCUAUGUGAUCAAUGUGAGUGUUAUUUCACCGGUGUCUUUGUGGAAUCCAGUCCUAAUUUACAGUGUUUCUUGUUAUGGUGGUAUCCAAUCCAUUCGGCAGACGGCCGGACCUCGAUUCCGACAUGUCCAUACCGAUUUCCCGACGGUGGAGGGAGCCUCAAGUUUCUCGAAUACGAAAGGGUCUCUCCAUUCUAACGCGGGCGGAGGAGAUCAAAACGGUCUUCAGGGACUCUGGAGAUCACUUGAAAGCUUCAAACCUGAAUGGGGGCUGGGUGAUGGGCGAUCUGGUUGGAGACGGGGUGGGCCUCAUCAGCCAGGGGCACUGGAAACGUGUCCAUGCGGUGGUCUCGCCUCCAUUUACUCAGAAGGCCACCACCUACGUUCCGUUGGUGCAGUCACGAGUGGCUCGACAAUUCAACGAGCUAGACGGGGACUAUCAAGCCGGAGAGUCGUGGCGUCUGAAGCCUGCCGAGGAUCUCAAGCUCCUGCCUUUCUGGGUGAUCGGUGAUCUCCUGUACGGAGAGCUGCCUCCGGACAUGGUGCAGGAACUCCUCGCCAUCACCGACCUGCGGACCGACGUCUUCCAGUAUGCCUUCAAGGGCGGACUGUCGCUCUUCUCCUUCACGAAACUCUUCUCGCCGACGAUCCGGGCCAAGUUGCGUGUCUUCCACGAGCGGUGGGCGGCAUUCAACCGGCAAGCAUACCAACGCGCCCAAGCCAGCGGCCAGGGCGCCGCAUGCGCAAUCGUACCUCUCUAUGCCGCGGUCGAGCGCGGCCAGCUCACGCCCACGGAGUUAAUGCAUACUCUCGACGAGGCGCUUUUCGCGAACAUCGACGUCACGAUCGGCAGCUUCUCCUGGAUCCCGGCCUUCCUGGCCGACGACUCCGGCAUCCAGGAGCAACUCCGCAGGGAGAUCAUGGACGUACGAUCGGACGACUCCGCAGGAGCGUGGGAGCGGUACAUCGCCAGCCACUCCACGCUGCUGGCGAGCUGCAUCAACGAGUCGGCGCGACUGCGGCCGGUGACGAAUUACACGUACGCCCAGUCGAUCCCCACAGCGCGCGACGUCGGGGGAUACCGCAUCCCCCAGGGUAGCUACAUGGUGGUCGAUACCAAUGCCCUGAACAUCCGGGAUGAGUCCUGGGGCCCGGACGCGACGAGCUUCCGGCCGCGACGGUUCCUGGCCGAAUCCCGCGCGCAUUUCCGCUACCGGUUCUGGCGCUUUGGCUUCGGGCCGCGCCAGUGUAUCGCCCAGGCAUUGGCGGAUACGAUCCUCAAGGUGUUGGUGGCGUACACGGUCGAGCAUUAUCGCCUCCGGUCGCCGGAGAAGUCCGCCGCGGACACGAACGGCCGAGAGGCUCAGAAACGUGGGGAUGCAUGGUUCAAGGUUGCUGAGCAAGCGAUAAUCUUGGAGUCUCUGUAAUCUCUUUCGAAAAUGUGUCUGUGUCAUCGAGUUGAGGACCACAGUCAUGACUAUUUCAUUCCAUCUCAGUCGGGGGUGGGGUUUGUCCUGGGCUUCGUUCGGAAUGAAAGCUCCUAUUCUCAACUCAGUUUAGCAUGGUGAUUUUGGGAUUGACUAAAAAGGAGGUGCUGAGGCGUGUAUCUUCUCAUAUCUCCGAAGUAGGGUCACAAAUGAAUUGAUGAGAGAAA